AUGGUCAUUUUCAGAAAGUAUGUCAUUUUACUUGACACUGGAUUUUCUUCUUCCCAGGGUGAUCACGUGUGGCUGGAAGCUCAUCCAAACAGUGAAUUUAACGUCCCUAUUGGGGCAGUUGUGAAGGACUCUGACUCAGGACGGAUCCUGCUGGAGGAUGAUGAAGGCAAGGAGCACUGGAUCACAGCUCGGAACAUGCACAUGGUUCGCCCAAUGGACCCUUCCACUGCCCAAGGGGUGGAAGACAUGAUCCGCCUUGGGGAUCUCCACGAAGCAGGCAUGGUGCAUAACCUCCUCAUCCGCCACCAGCAGCACAAAAUCUAUACUUACACAGGAUCUAUCUUGGUAGCAGUGAAUCCAUACCAGCUGCUGCCUCUCUACACAGUCGAUCUUAUCAGGCUGUACUGCAACAAGAGGAUUGGAGAGCUGCCACCUCAUGUCUUUGCCAUUGCAGACAACUGUUACUUCAAUAUGAAGAGGAAUAAGAGAGAUCAGUGCUGUGUGAUCAGUGGAGAAUCUGGAGCUGGGAAAACUGAAAGCACUAAGCUAAUACUACAGUUUUUGGCAGCUGUCAGUGGCCAGCAUUCCUGGAUAGAGCAGCAAAUCCUAGAGGCCAACCCCAUUCUGGAAGCUUUUGGAAAUGCCAAGACAAUUCGAAAUGACAAUUCAAGCCGCUUUGGUAAAUACAUUGAUAUCUACUUCAACCACAGUGGUGUGAUAGAAGGAGCCCGGAUAGAACAGUUUCUUCUGGAAAAGUCCCGAGUUUGCCGGCAGGCUCCAGAGGAGAGGAACUAUCACAUCUUCUAUUGCAUGCUGAUGGGGAUGAAUCUGGAGCAGAAAAAGAUGCUGAAUCUGGGCACUGCCUCAGAGUACACUUAUCUCACUAUGGGCAACUGCACAUCCUGUGACAGCCGGAACGACGCCAAGGAGUAUGCCCACAUCCGCUCGGCGAUGAAGAUCCUCAUGUUCUCAGACUCUGAGCACUGGGACAUCAGCAAACUUCUGGCUGCUAUCCUGCAUCUGGGGAAUGUGGAGUUCGAAGCGGCUGUGUAUGACAACUUGGACUGCUCUGAUGUGAUGGAUUCACCACACUUUUCAAUUGCGACCAAACUGCUUGAGGUGGACUACAGUGAACUUCAGAACAGCCUCACAAACCUCUCCAUCAUUGUCCGAGGAGAAAGUGUGUCCAGGCCCCUGAAUGUGGCCCAAGCUGCAGAUGGGAGGGAUGCCUUUGUGAAGGGUAUAUAUGGACGGAUUUUCCUCUGGAUAGUGAACAAGAUCAACUCAGCCAUUUUUAACCCAACUUCUCAGAAGCCUAAAAAUACACGUCAGUCCAUUGGGUUGUUGGAUAUUUUUGGGUUUGAAAACUUUAGCAACAACAGCUUUGAGCAGCUCUGCAUUAACAUUGCAAAUGAACAUCUUCAGCAGUUCUUUGUGCACCAUGUCUUCAAGCUGGAGCAAGAGGAAUACCUUGCAGAGCACAUUACCUGGAAUAACAUUGACUUCACUGACAACCGCCAGGCUCUGGAGGUCAUUGCACUCAAACCCAUGAAUAUCAUCUCCCUCAUUGAUGAGGAGAGCAAGUUCCCAAAGGGCACAGAUGCCACCAUGCUUAUCAAAAUCAAUUCCCUCCAUGGAAAAAGUAGAGUCUAUAUCCCACCUAAGAGUGACCAUGACACCAAGUUUGGCAUUAACCACUUUGCUGGGGCUGUCUUUUAUGAAUCAAAAGAUUUCUUAGAGAAAAACAGGGACACUCUGAGUGCUAAUGUAAUGCAAGUGGUUCAUUCCUCCAAAAAUAAAUUCCUGAAGGAGAUUUUCCAGGUGGAAACAACCCCAACUAGUCUGGGACGUGGUACUAUCCGGCAUCUUGGAAGUGACCAGGCCUACAAGGGCCUGGAUACCACCAAACGGCUCUCUACUCUGGGGGGCCAGUUCAAGCAGUCCCUGGAAAAGCUAAUGAAAAUUCUUGGUCAGUGCCAGCCAUACUUCAUCCGCUGCAUCAAACCCAAUGACUACAAGAAACCACUGCUGUUUGACCGGGGGCUGUGUAUCAAACAGCUGCGAUACUCAGGGAUGAUGGAGACCAUUAGGAUCAGGAAAGCUGGCUACCCAGUUCGUUACACCUUUGAGGAGUUCUUUGAGAGAUACAGAGUCCUCCUGCCGUGGUCUGCUCUAGAACCGGUGAAGAAUGAUGCUCGACAGUGCUGUAUCAGAAUCUCUGAAGCAGUGCUGGGCAAAGACGAAAGCUGGCAGGCUGGAAAAACAAAGAUUUUCCUUAAAGAUUAUCAUGAUACAAUAUUGGAGUUAGAACGACAGAAAAUACUCACAGAUAAGGUUCUUCUUAUCCAGAAGGUGAUGAGAGGUUUCAAGGACAGGAAGCAGUUUUUGAAACAGAGGAAGUCUGCCAUAGCUAUCCAAGCAGCUUGGCGAGGCUACUGCUGCCGGAAGGAUUUCAGGAUGAUUAUGCUGGGCUUUGGGCGCCUGCAGGCCCUCUACCGGAGCCGGCAGCUUGCUAAGCAGUAUGAAACAGCCCGGGCACACAUCAUCAGGUUUCAAGCUGCAUGCCGUGGUUAUCUAAUACGUCAAAAGAACAAAGUCAAGCUGGAAGCAAGGAAUAUCCGCUUGGAAGAAGAGGAACGUCUCAUUAGCAUCGUUGGCCCAGUGAAAGCAAGGGAAGAAGCUAUGAGGUUAGAAAAGGAACACCUAGCUGCUCUGGAAGAAGAGGAGGAGGAAGAAGGACAAAGGAUGAAUGAUGAUUUUGUCGACAGACACACAAAUUAUGAUGUUAUCAGUGACCAGGAGAUGGUGGACAAAAUUUUUGGAUUUUUACCUUCUAUGAUUGGAGGCCAAGAAGGACAGGCUCCUCUGGGCUUUGAGGAUUUGGAAACAAAGCCCAGCAAGCUGGAAGAAGUGGACCUGGACACGAUUCCUAUGAGCGUGGAGCUAGAAGAGGAAGCAGAUGGCUUGGAAGACUACACCUUCCCAAAGUUUGCAGCUACUUAUUUCCAGGGGUCGUCUACACAUACACACAUCCGGAAACCACUACGGCACCCAUUACUCUACCAUGAUGACAAGGACAACGUCCUGGCUUCUCUAGUUGUGUGGGUUACCAUCCUGAGAUUCAUGGGGGACCUACCAGAGCCAACAAUGUUUGCCAAGAAUGCCACCAAGAGCAGUUCUAUGAUGACGCAGAUAUAUGACACACUUGGCAGAAAAAAUCAAGUCCAGUUCAAGAAUGACAGCCCAGAUAUGAGAGAAAGCAAAAAGGAUAACAAGAUUUCCAAGGGCAUCUCUUCCCUGAAGCUGAAACGGUCCUCCAAGUUGACAGGGAAGGUAACAGACCAGCUGAAAAGUGGAGAAGAGGGUUUCCAGGAGGACAGCUCAAUCUCUGAGAGACCCAUGUCCAACCUAGAAAAAGUGCACUUCAUCAUUGGCAAUGCAAUUCUGCGCCCUGCCAUCAGAGAUGAGAUUUAUUGCCAGAUUUGCAAACAACUCACUGAAAACAGCAGCAGGAGCAGCUAUGCUCGAGGCUGGAUACUUCUGUCACUUUGCCUUGGUUGUUUUCCCCCUUCAGACACAUUUGUGAAGUACCUACUGAAUUUCAUCCACAAUGGACCCUCAGGCUAUGCACCAUAUUGUGCUGAACGUCUGAGACGUACCUAUGUCAAUGGAGCAAGGACUGAACCUCCAAGCUGGCUGGAACUUCAGGCAACAAAGCAGAAGAAACCCAUUAUGUUUAAUGUCACCCUGAUGAACGGCCAGAGCAUCACUGUCCCUGCAGAUUCUGCUUCCACUGCCAAAGAGAUCUGUCAGUUCAUAGCAGAUAAAACCAAACUGAAGGAUAUCUUUGGUUUUUCACUCUACAUUGCUGUGUUUGAUAAGGUGUGGUCACUGGGUGGAGGACGGGAUCAUGUCCUAGAUGCCAUCUCUCAGUGUGAGCAGCUGGUGAAGGAGCGGGGCACACAUGAACGCCAUGCACCCUGGAGACUUUACUUUCGAAAGGAAAUUUUCACCCCAUGGCACAACUCCCAGGAGGAUCCCAUCAGCACUGAUCUCAUUUACCACCAGGUCAUUCGUGGGAUCCGAUUUGGAGAAUACCGUUGUGAGAAGGAGGAGGAUUUGGUGGAGAUAGGUGCCAAGUAUUGUUAUGUCCAGUUUGGAGAUACUAUCCACAAUGAACUUGUGCAGAAAGUGCUCCAUGACUGCAUCCCAGUGAAACAGCUGAAGUCCAAGCCCCUGGAAAAGUGGGUGAGCCUUAUCACCUAUGCACAUGCUAAGGCCCCAUACACACAGGAUCGGCUCUCCCGCCAGGCUGUGAAGGAACAACUUGUAGAUUUCGCUCGCUUUCAGUGGCCUUUGCUUUUUUCCAGAUUCUUUGAAGUCACUAAGUUUUCAGGUCCCAGCUUGCCCAAGAACCACUUUAUACUUGCUGUAAACUGGAAGGGUAUCUGCUUCUUGGAUGAGUCAGAAAAGCGGCUCCUUGAGCUGACCUUCCCAGAGAUAACAGGCAUCCAUACAAACAGGGCAGUGAAAUCAUUUGGACAGAGUUGCACUCUCAUCACCCUUCGUGCCGAAGAGUUUGUCCUAACAUCUGUGAACAGCAUUGUCAUUGCUGAACUGGUGGUGAUGUUCCUGGAGGGGCUAAAGAAGAGAUCACGAUUUGCUGUGGCAAUGCAUGAGAAAAAAUCCCAAGAAGACCCUGCCAUCCUGUCCUUCAAGAAGGGAGACUUGCUAAUCUUGACCGAGGAUAAAAGGCUAGAUGCAAACUCUGGCUGGAUCUAUGCCCAGAAUGACAGGACAGGCAAAACAGGGAAUGUAUUUCUGGAGGAGAUGUACAUCAUUCCUUCUCUCACAAAGCCCUCUAGUCAAGUACUGAGUUUGCUGAUGAUGUCUCCAGACCAGAGGAGGACAGCAUCGCAGAACUCCUACAUAGAGGAACCUGAUGAAGAGGAUCUCAAAGUGAAGCCUUACACACUGGAGGAGUUCUCCUAUGAACACUUCAGAAUUCCUGAGAAGGAAUCCAUCAGCAAAGCUGUUCUCCAGAAAUCUCGUGGGCACAGUCAGCUGUGGGCACACUCUAAGGAUCCCUUAAAACAGCCCUUGCUGAAGGCAGCAUGCAUAGACCCUGAUGUUCGGGACGUGGCUUGUCAGGCCUUCACUGCCAUCAUGAAAUUCAUGGGGGACUACCCAUCAAAGCAGACACACUCCUCCGUGGAAGUCACUGACCAGAUAUUUGUGGCAGCUAUCAAGGAAGAGGUCCUGCGGGAUGAAAUCUACUGUCAGAUCAUGAAGCAACUAACUGAAAACAGGAACAGGUAUAGCGUGACCAAGGGCUGGCAGCUCCUGUGGCUCUGCACUGGCCUGUUCCCUCCCAGCAAGUCACUGCUGAAACAUGCCCAGAAGUUCAUAGAGACACGUCAGAAAGAGCCACUGGCCCUGGAGUGCAAGCGGAGGAUUCAGACAGUGAUGAGGAGUGGCUCCAGGAAAUGGGCACCUCAUCCUGUGGAGGUUGAGGCCAUCUUACAGAACAACACUAAGAUCUCACACAAGAUUUGCUUCCCCAAUGAAACAGAACAGACAUUUGAUGUGGGAACAAACACCAAAAACCGGACUCUGUGUCAGAACAUCGCUUCCAAAUUGCAACUGAGCUCUUGGGAAGGUUUCAGCCUCUUUGUCAAGAUUGCAGACAAGGUGAUCAGUCAGAAUGAAGCAGACUAUUUCUUUGACUCACUGAGGCAGCUGACAGAUUGGACCAAGAGGAACAAACCAGUGAAAGAUGGUGCUACUAUGUCUGUAGCUUAUGAAGUGUACUUCAUGAGAAAGCUGUGGUUAAAUGUAACUCCUGGGAAGGACCUGAAAGCUGAUUCCAUUUUUCAUUACCACCAGGAGCUGCCCAAGUACCUCAGAGGCUACCACAACUGUUCCAGAGAUGAAGCUGUUCAGCUGGCAGGGCUGAUUUAUAAAGUGCGCUUCAACAACGACCGCACACAGCUGGCAACCAUCCCCAAAAUCCUGAAAGAGUUGGUGCCAGACAAUCUGCUUCGAGUGACCUCACCAGAUGAGUGGAAGAAGAGUAUUACUGCAGCAUAUAGCAAACAUGAAGGAAAAACUGUGGAUGAGGCCAAGAUUGCCUUCUUGAAAAUCAUAUACCGGUGGCCAACGUUUGGAUCAGCCUUUUUUGAGGUGAAGCAAACCUCUGAGCCAAAUUUCCCAGAGAUUGUGCUGAUUGCAAUCAACAAGCAAGGAGUCUCACUGAUACAUCAGAAGACAAAGGAAAUUUUAACAGUUUAUCCUUUUAAUAAAAUCUCCAAUUGGAGCAGUGGGAGUACAUUCUUUCACAUGACAAUAGGAAACCUGGUACGAGGAAGCCGGAUCUUAUGUGAGACAUCUCUGGGUUACAAAAUGGAUGACCUGCUGACAUCCUAUGUACACCUGCUGAUGAAUGCAGUUAACAAGCAGAAGAGCCUCCCAGCUUGAAAGCAAAAAUAGAAUCCACGACCUGCAUUGGUGCCAAAGUACCCAUCGUUUCAUCUCCCAGAAGAAAAAAGAUUUAAAAAUAUGAAUCUAGCUGAUCAGUUUUCUGGUCACACACUAAAUGAACUGUGCUGCUGAAAUACUAAUACAAGUUCAAGUGAGCACGUGCUUUCAAAUAUCUUCACCUCGUCUUUCCUAGGUGUAAUAGUAGAACUCCAUUCAGAUUUUGAAGUUUGAGGAAGUGUAGCUGUUUUUAAUCUAAUAAGAGAGGAAUACCCAAACCCUAAUACAAAAGCCACUCCUGUAUUCAGGAUCUCCUCUAUUCUUAAAGAGAGAAACAUUAACAGGCUUCUUUUUCCCUUUUGAAGAGAAAAUCCUGCCUUGUUUCCUAAGCUUUUACCAAAUGCAUUAUUUGCAGCAGAGGUAAUAUUUCUUCCUAGUGGAAAUUCUGGAAGUAGAGAAAUACCCUUUAGUACUAGGAUAAUGGGACACCUGGAAAGGUAAGAUGAAGGUUUUCAUCCUUUUAUCACUAGGUUAUGUACAGAAAAUACAGUAGACUAUGAUGGCCAGUUACUGUCACAAUAUAAAUGUCACUCCUGUGUGAUGCUAAGUUAGUGAGCUGGCACUGGCUUAUCACUGCCUUCGCUAAAUUAAAUGGUUUUCUUCCUUCCAUGAUUCAUAAAACACUCAGAAACUAACAGCUGCUUCCUACUAGACAGCUUCUAGGAAGCCUGAACAAACUCUGAAAUGGGUUUGGAUCGUGAGCCCAUUACUCAGUUGCUCCUAUUUCAAGCUUAUAGAUGUGCUAUUCAGUGCAAUCUGAACUGAAAAAGUCAAUCUGACAGACAUCUGUUGAAAAGAGAUGUAUUUCUGCUCUGUAGAAAUGUCCUCAGCUUGGAGUUAUGUAGACACUCAUUCACAAGACAAGAACGAUAGCAAAGAUCUUCAGCUAUGAAAGCUAUUUCCUGUUUUAGGCACUGAUUCGGUGCUUGUUCAUGUCACAGACCUUUGUCAACACACAACUUGGGACUGUCAGGAAGCAGAGCAUGUAUGCCCUGUGGUGGCAGUGAGCCCAGAUGCUUGCUCCACUAGAGAACAAGGACUGCUCCCCCAGCGACAGGCUCUCACAGUGAAACAUGGACAUGUCUUAAAGCACUGCACCAAGUUCCUUGAGAGUCGACCCAGCAGUGCUGGAGAAGCAGCUCUGCUGGAUCUCUCACCAAUUUGCCAAUGUGUGCACAAUGGUUCCCUUGUUCCCUCAGCUGUGUGUGCGUGCAACUCAAAUGCUAAUGGGAAUUCUGUACAUGCGUGGCAGGGAAGAGCCCCCCUCUCUUUGUGCAUGUAAAUGAGUGCCACACUUGUUAGAAUAGGUGAUGGUUUUGCAAGCAAUUAGAUGUUCCUGCUGUCAUGUCCAUUGCUGGCAAUGGAAACUUUUGAGAUUAAAGACUUUGAAGGUGUUUUGUCAUCCUUUAUGUCAUCUAACUGAGUGUAAGUGAGAAGCAUUCAAUACUUCACCUGUGAAAAAAAGAAAUUUUGCAUCCAAAAUGUUAUUGUUUCUGGUUUUUAAAUAAACACUGCAGAAAAUCAACCACAGUGUCUUUUCCAACAUGAAAAGUGUGUAUUUGUUCCAGAUCCACGUAACUUAAACCCACAACACAUCCACUACAAUCACAGCAUCCCAGCUGCUUUUCUUAGACAACACAAGUUGUAUGGAUAGCCUCUAAAGAGACAACGCUCCUUUCUGCACAUCUUCAUCAACCAACACAACAGAAGCAACACAACCAAAACAGGAAUUCAAGACAGCAGUGGAUCAGACCUGGGCAGUCCUCAGAGCUCCUCAGAAUGCGUAAUGCCCCAUUGCUCAGCAAUGCAAAUGUAAGUUUUCUAUAUACAAAUUCUUUUUACUUUUUUUUUUUUGGUGUGCAAAGAUUUAAAAUGUAGCAGUACAAUUAACUUUAUUACAGGAAUAUAAACAGGUACAAUAUUACAAUACUUCAAUCCACAGUCACAUGUUAGGUCAGACAGCACCAGCAACGUGUGAGAAAACGAGAGCUCCGCACUGUGCAGAGUCCACACCUAUCAUUCAAAGCCUGAACCACGACUAAUUGCUGCUAAUUCUUUUAUCCAACUUACGCUGUCCUCAGCACUUCAUAGUGCUUUACAGACUACUGCAACUGCACUUAUUAGCUCUGUCUGCAAUCUGUUCCUUCACCAUCUGAUCACGUGUCAGUCACAUCAUCUGAUACAAAGCUCACAUCUAGGAACUCUCUGUCCAGGAGGUUGAAUGUUUGCUAACACUGCACAGAUUGAUAUAAAAAUAAAGGCCAGGAUGCAAACCCAAGGGAACAGGUUAUAAAGAAAGAUAGCAGGUGAUUAACAUGCCCUUUUAAUACAAAUAAGCUUCACAUACUGUGGUUUCUAAAAGCAUAAAUGUUUUCAAGUGUAAUCAGUGAAUAUUAGUGAUUGUAAUUCAGUAUGUAUAAAUAGGAAUGUAAACUAGAAAUGCAUAUAAUUACAUGAUCUUUUAGUUAGUGUAGACUUCUGAGCCAAAUUCAACCUUGAUAUAAAUCUCUGCUCUCCAGAGGUUUGAUACUUAGGAUGAAUUUGGCCAUUUAUCUGCUUACAGCAAUGGAAAAAAAGCAGGCAGCAUAUUUCUGACCAAGACCUUAGCUUCAUGAGAGGCACAAUUCUGAAGUCUGCAUUAUCUUCUACUUGUAAGUUUUUUAGAAGUGGACCCAGAGAGGUAGAGGGAAGAUGCAUCUGUUCAACUACUUCUAACGACGUUUCUCUCCUUCACUUCCAUUGCCUCACAAAGGCACGUGAGUAACGUUCACCACCAUCUGUACAUUGUAGGCUAAGAAAAAAAGUCUGAAAAUUUCAUAAUUUAAGAGCUGCUAAGAGAUCACCACUCUCAGUUCUUCACAGAGAACAGAGACUAUGGUGGUUUUUUCACUCCUUUUGGGCAAUGCUCUGAGGACAGAAUGCAAACUGAACACCUUAGCAAAGAGAAUGAUACCAACUGCCCUUGGAAUACUAAAGCCUACUAGGUCUACUUGAUUUCUAGCAUGAGGCAAAGUGAAAGCACAGACUAAAUCUCUAUUUCCAGUAAUAAAUAAUUCCAUCUGCUUCUAUAUGCCUGAAUUUUCCAUUGCUGCACUUGAGAGUGGCCACAGAAAGAGUAUUUCCCAUUGCCUGCUAGCUACAUACUCUUUGUUUUCACUAGUAGGUACACAGCUUGGUGUUCCCCACCAUCUUCCCAAAAGCUGCUGCACACAGCUGUUCAGACUUGGCAUUAGGUGUGAUUUGUGACUGAGAUGACAGGAGCAGACCUGCAUGCUUUAUGCUGAGAUCAAUCUGCAUAACAUAUCUAGAUCAGAUGUUCCUGUACUUCAUUCUGUGAACCAAACACCAAAGGAUAGGAAAAAUCUUUGCAGUGGCCACAUCCUACUGCACCAAAAGACAUGCUGUUCUUUGGGUCCUUAACUAAAAGACCAUUUGCAGGUUAGUGAGAGAACAGGGACAAGGCACGUGUUCUCCUAAAGCAGUGACAAGAGCCACAAUUAGUGUAAUCCACAGUGCAUCCUGAUCAGAAGGUGAUGGGAGAGUUCUACCACCUGAUUAAAGCCCAUCCCCUCAUCACUGUUAGGGUGGAUAAAGAUUAUCCCAGUUAAAUUCGUAUGGAAACUUAUGACAAUAGUAAAGCAGAGCAGCUGGAGGAAAAUUGAAUCAGGAAAG